UGGAGCCGAGGCUCGGCUCGUGAACACACAGUGACAGCUAUAGGGCAGGCGGCGGCACCAUCCCCGCUUCCACUCGGCGGCGGGGUGUCCCGCCGGCGGCCCCGAAGUGACCCAUAAACAUGUCUUGUGAGAGGAAAGGCCUCUCGGAGCUGCGAUCGGAGCUCUACUUCCUCAUCGCCCGGUUCCUGGAAGAUGGACCCUGUCAGCAGGCGGCUCAGGUACGGCGGCGCGCGGCGCGGGCCGGGCCGCUGCUGCCCCGGCGCACCGACUGGACCGGGAAGGAGCAUCCCAGGACCUACCAGAAUCUGGUGAAGUAUUACAGACAUUUAGCACCUGAUCACUUGCUGCAAAUAUGUCAUCGACUAGGACCUCUUCUUGAACAAGAAAUUCCACAAAGCGUUCCUGGAGUACAAACUUUAUUAGGAGCUGGAAGACAGUCCUUGCUACGCACAAAUAAAAGCUGCAAGCAUGUUGUGUGGAAAGGAUCUGCUCUGGCGGCAUUGCAUUGUGGAAGACCACCAGAGUCACCAAUUAACUAUGGUAGCCCACCCAGCAUUGCGGAUACUUUGUUUUCAAGGAAGCUGAAUGGAAAAUACAGGCUUGAGCGACUGGUUCCCACUGCGGUGUAUCAGCACAUGAAAAUGCAUAAAAGAAUUCUUGGACACUUGUCAUCUGUGUACUGUGUAACUUUUGAUCGAACUGGCAGACGGAUAUUUACUGGUUCUGAUGACUGUCUUGUGAAAAUCUGGGCAACAGAUGAUGGGAGAUUAUUAGCUACUUUAAGAGGCCAUGCUGCUGAAAUAUCAGACAUGGCUGUAAACUAUGAGAAUACCAUGAUAGCAGCUGGAAGUUGUGACAAAAUGAUCCGAGUCUGGUGUCUGCGAACAUGUGCGCCUUUGGCUGUUCUUCAGGGCCACAGUGCAUCUAUAACGUCACUACAGUUCUCACCAUUGUGCAGUGGCUCAAAGAGAUAUCUUUCUUCUACUGGGGCAGAUGGCACUAUUUGUUUUUGGCUGUGGGAUGCUGGAACCCUUAAAAUAAAUCCGAGACCUGCAAAAUUUACAGAGCGCCCUCGGCCUGGAGUUCAAAUGAUCUGUUCUUCUUUUAGUGCUGGUGGAAUGUUUCUGGCCACAGGGAGCACAGAUCAUAUUAUUAGGGUUUAUUUUUUUGGAUCAGGUCAGCCAGAGAAAAUAUCAGAAUUGGAGUUUCAUACUGAUAAAGUUGACAGUAUCCAGUUUUCCAACACUAGUAACAGGUUUGUAAGUGGCAGUCGUGAUGGGACAGCACGUAUUUGGCAAUUUAAACGAAGAGAAUGGAAGAGUAUUUUGCUGGAUAUGGCUACUCGUCCAGCAGGCCAAAACCUUCAAGGGAUAGAAGAUAAAAUCACAAAAAUGAAAGUAACUAUGGUAGCAUGGGAUCGGCAUGACAAUACAGUUAUAACUGCAGUUAAUAACAUGACUCUGAAAGUUUGGAAUUCUUACACCGGUCAACUAAUUCAUGUCCUGAUGGGUCAUGAAGAUGAGGUAUUUGUUCUUGAGCCACACCCGUUCGAUCCAAGAGUUCUCUUUUCUGCUGGUCAUGAUGGAAACGUGAUAGUGUGGGAUCUGGCAAGAGGCGUCAAAAUUCGAUCUUAUUUCAAUAUGAUUGAAGGCCAAGGACAUGGUGCAGUAUUUGACUGCAAAUGCUCUCCUGAUGGUCAGCAUUUUGCAUGCACAGACUCUCAUGGACAUCUUUUAAUUUUUGGCUUUGGCUCCAGUAGCAAAUAUGACAAGAUAGCAGAUCAAAUGUUCUUUCACAGUGAUUAUCGGCCCCUUAUCCGUGAUGCCAACAAUUUUGUAUUAGAUGAACAGACUCAGCAAGCACCUCAUCUCAUGCCGCCGCCUUUUUUGGUUGAUGUCGAUGGUAACCCUCAUCCAUCAAGAUAUCAGAGAUUAGUUCCUGGUCGUGAAAAUUGCAGGGAGGAGCAACUCAUCCCUCAGAUGGGGGUAACUUCCUCAGGACUGAACCAAGUUUUAAGUCAGCAAGCAAACCAGGAGAUCAGCCCACUGGACAGUAUGAUUCAAAGACUACAACAGGAGCAAGACCUGAGACGUUCUGGUGAAGCAGGUAUCAGUAAUACCAGCCGUUUAAGUAGAGGGUCUACAAGUUCUACCUCAGAGGUUCAUUCACCACCUAACGUAGGACUAAGGCGUAGUGGUCAAAUCGAAGGUGUACGGCAAAUGCAUAGUAAUGCACCAAGAAGUGAAAUAGCCACAGAGCGGGAUCUUGUAGCUUGGAGUCGAAGGGUGGUAGUACCUGAGCUAUCAGCUGGUGUAGCCAGUAGGCAAGAAGAAUGGAGAACUGCAAAGGGAGAAGAAGAAAUAAAGACUUACAGAUCAGAAGAGAAAAGAAAACACUUCACAGUUCCAAAAGAGAAUAAAAUGCCCACUGUCUCAAAGAAUCAUACUCAUGAACAUUUCCUGGAUCUUGGAGAAUCCAAAAAGCAGCAAGCAAACCAACACAAUUAUCGUACGAGAUCUGCAUUGGAAGAGACUCCCAGACCUUCAGAAGAGAUAGAAAAUGGCACUAGUUCUUCAGAUGAAGGUGAAGUUGUUGCUGUCAGUGGUGGAACGUCUGAAGAGGAAGAGAGAGCGUGGCAUAGUGAUGGCAGUUCUAGUGACUACUCCAGUGAUUAUUCUGACUGGACAGCAGAUGCAGGAAUUAAUCUGCAGCCACCAAAGAAAGUUCCUAAGCAUAAAACCAAGAAAGCAGAAAGCAGUUCAGAUGAAGAAGAGGAAUCUGAAAAACAGAAGCAAAAACAGAUUAAAAAGGAAAGAAAGAAAGUAAAUGAAGAAAAAGAUGGACCAGUAUCACCAAAGAAAAAGAAGCCCAAAGAAAGAAAACAAAAGAGAUUGGCUGUGGGAGAACUAACGGAAAACGGUUUGACAUUAGAAGAAUGGUUACCUUCAACAUGGAUUACAGAUACUCUCCCCCGAAGAUGUCCAUUUGUGCCACAAAUGGGUGAUGAGGUUUAUUAUUUCCGACAAGGACAUGAAGCAUAUGUUGAAAUGGCCCGGAAAAAUAAAAUUUAUAGUAUCAAUCCCAAAAAACAGCCAUGGCAUAAAAUGGAACUACGGGAACAAGAACUGAUGAAAAUAGUUGGCAUAAAGUAUGAAGUGGGAUUGCCUACCCUUUGCUGCCUUAAACUUGCUUUUCUGGAUCCUGAUACUGGUAAACUGACCGGUGGAUCAUUUACCAUGAAGUACCAUGAUAUGCCUGAUGUUAUAGAUUUCCUAGUCUUGAGACAACAAUUUGACGAUGCAAAAUAUAGGCGGUGGAAUAUAGGUGACCGUUUCAGAUCAGUCAUAGAUGAUGCCUGGUGGUUUGGAACAAUUGAAAGCCAGGAACCUCUUCAGCCUGAGUACCCUGAUAGUUUGUUUCAGUGUUACAAUGUUUGCUGGGACAAUGGAGAUACAGAAAAGAUGAGUCCUUGGGAUAUGGAGCUUAUACCUAACAAUGCUGUAUUUCCUGAAGAACUAGGUACCAGUGUUCCUUUAACUGAUGUUGAAUGCAGAUCAUUGAUCUAUAAGCCUCUUGAUGGUGAAUGGGGUUCCAAUCCCAGGGAUGAAGAAUGUGAAAGAAUUGUUACAGGAAUAAACCAGUUGAUGACACUGGAUAUUGCUUCAGCAUUUGUGGCUCCUGUGGAUCUUCAAGCCUAUCCCAUGUAUUGCACUGUAGUGGCAUAUCCAACGGAUUUAAGUACAAUUAAACAAAGACUGGAAAACAGGUUUUACAGACGGGUUUCUUCCUUAAUGUGGGAAGUUCGGUAUAUAGAGCAUAAUACACGAACAUUUAAUGAGCCUGGAAGCCCUAUUGUGAAAUCUGCUAAAUUUGUGACUGAUCUUCUUCUACAUUUUAUAAAGGAUCAGACUUGUUAUAACAUAAUUCCACUCUACAAUUCAAUGAAGAAGAAAGUUUUGUCUGACUCUGAGGAAGAAGAAAAAGAAGACACUGAUGUGCCAGGAACUUCUACCCGGAAAAGGAAGGACCAUCAGCCUAGAAGAAGAUUACGUAACAGAGCACAGUCUUAUGAUAUUCAAGCAUGGAAGAAACAGUGUCAAGAAUUGUUAAAUCUCAUAUUUCAGUGUGAAGAUUCUGAGCCUUUCCGCCAGCCAGUAGAUCUUCUUGAAUAUCCAGACUACAGAGACAUCAUUGACACUCCAAUGGAUUUUGCUACCGUUAGAGAGACUUUAGAGGCUGGGAAUUAUGAGUCACCAAUGGAGUUAUGUAAAGAUGUCAGACUUAUUUUUAGUAAUUCCAAAGCAUAUACACCAAGCAAAAGAUCAAGGAUUUACAGCAUGAGUUUGCGCCUCUCUGCUUUCUUUGAAGAACACAUUAGUUCAGUUUUAUCGGAUUAUAAAUCUGCGCUUCGUUUUCAUAAAAGAAAUACAAUAACCAAAAGGAGGAGGAAAAGAAAUAGAAGCAGCUCUGUUUCCAGUAGUGCUGCAUCAAGCCCUGAACGGAAAAAAAGGAUCUUAAAAGCCCAGUUAAAGUCAGAUAUUGCUACCUCUCCAUUCUCUGCACCUACACGAUCAAUACCACCAAGGCACAGUGCUGCUCAGAUAAAUGGUAAAACGGAAUCCAGUUCUGUAGUUCGAACCAGAAGCAAUCGAGUGGCUGUAGAUCCAAUUACCAGUGAGCAACCAUCCACUUCUUCAGCAGCGAAGACUUUUAUUUCGAAAGCUAACACAUCUGCAGUGCCAGGGAAAACAAUUCUAGAGAAUUCCAUGAAACAUUCCAAAACCUUGAGUACUCUUUCAAGUCCUGGUCAGUCCAAUUUUAGUCAUGCCACUAGGAAUAAUUCUACAAAAGAAAACAUGGAAAAGGAAAAGCCAGCCAAACGUAAAAUGAAAUCAUCUGUGCUCUCAAAGACAUCCGCUCUCUCGAAGUCAUCAGCUGUCAUCGAGCAAGGUACCGUAGAUCUUACAAAUGGUGGUUCUAUUGGCGAUAACAUUUAUAUCCACUUUUAGGUUGCUCAUUUAAAAGUCACACAU